GUUUUCUUUUACUAUGUUCGAACGCACUACAUGUAGCAAUUUAAAUUCUUAAAAAAUUAAAUAAAAGUGAAUUAUUUAACACAAGCAUGAGUAAACCACGUAUAAUGAAGCAUCACGUAUGUUGCAUUGUUCGGAAUUGUCCAGGACGCAAUAAAAAAGAAAUCCAACUUCACAAAUUUCCAGAAGACUCUCAAGAAAAAGAUUUAUGGUGUAAAAAUAUUGGUGUUCCUACAGCAAAAGUUCGCAGCACAGCGCGUAUAUGCAGUCGACAUUUCGACGACAUGCACCGUGUGAGAAGAAGAUUGAAAUUUGGAGCGCAACCAACAUUAAACUUAGAUCAUUCAGUUGCUACUAAUCCUUACUGCGAAAGCCCAGAUUCAAAUAUACGCAAGUGCGCUAUACAAGCUUGUCCAGCAACAGAGCCACCUAAUACUUUGUUUUCAUUUCCACAAGAUGACCAAAAAAGAUUGGAGUGGAUUAAGGCUUGUGGUAUGGAAAGUGAAUCUCAAACUUCCCCGUUGUUCAUAUGUGCCGAGCACUUUGAACCACAUAUGAUUAUGGAAAAUAAACUUAAAUGCAAUGCAUUUCCAAAGCAACACGAAGUUCUGUUCAAAAAGGAACAAGAAAUAGACAUAGUAGACUGUGAGCAAUUGGAAGAUCCAAAAAUAAGUGAAGAUGUAAAUAACAGUUCAAACCGUGGAUAUUGUAAUAAUUGCGAUUUCUACAAAAAAGAAACUGAGAAAGAACGAACUUUAAAUAAAGUGAAAAGUCAGGAAAUUACAAAAUUAAAGAAGAGAAUUGUACAAUUACAAGCCGAGAUUGAAAUGUGGAGAGACAUGGUGAGAGAAGCAACUGAGGAUGCAUUAUAUGCAGAUAACAUUGUUAUAUAGUAACGGAUUAAAGCAACUUAAACUGACCUAAGUGCCCUAAACCAUGUAGUUAUUUUAAAGCAUACUCUAUGCUUGUGAACUAAAUGGUGUAAGAAUCUGUGUAUACUUUUUCACUGUCUUUUUUUUGAUAUUGUUUAAUACGAAGGAAUUUAUUAUAAUUAACAUAAAAGAAAAAGAAUACAUUAUAUGUAAGAAAAUGAUGUAUGUAUAAACUAG